CGGAUGCUGCAUGACUUCAUCCUUCCGCCGGCUCCCCUGCUGAGCUAGGGCCGGUCCGGCAGCUAGCCUCUGCCCGUGCCCCGCCGCAGUCCCCAAGCCCGCCCGGUGCCCGCCAUGUCCGAGAUCCUACCCUACGGCGAGGACAAGAUGGGCCGCUUCGGCGCAGACCCCGAGGGCUCCGACCUCUCUUUCAGCUGCCGCCUGCAGGACACCAACUCCUUCUUCGCCGGCAACCAGGCCAAGCGGCCCCCCAAGCUGGGCCAGAUCGGCCGAGCCAAGAGAGUGGUGAUCGAGGAUGACCGGAUAGACGACGUGCUGAAGGGGAUGGGGGAGAAGCCUCCGUCCGGAGUGUAGACGCGCCGACGCACUCAUGCACUUUAGAACCUCGGGCCGCAGCUCCACCCCGCACACCGGAACCGACACAGAGACCCACGGCCCCCCAGCCCAGCCCCUCCCGCACGGCUCCCCUGCCCCGCCCCUCCUCCGAUCAAUCUGGUCUGCAGCCCGGGCAGCUGCGGCGGCGUCGGACUGCGCGGCCAGGGAGGUUUGGCUGCAUAUUUGCAUGAGCUUCCUACCCACCUCAGCCUAGCCCUCCGGGCCUUUCCUCGACUGUAUCCCUGUCUGGCGUGACCCCAGCCUCUUUCUAAGGGACUUCCUCAGCACAUUUGUAUUUUUAUAUCCGAUUCUUUGUUUACCGGCUCCUCUCAUGGUUUGUGCCCUUCCCCCACAGCCUCCGCCAUGCUCUUCUGCGCCUGGCAGAUAGGACGGGUGUUGAGACUGGGACGGGACAAGCCCCCAACAUGGUAACUAACCACAUGGCCAGUCCGCCCAAACCUGACCCCAGGAGGCUCAUUGGGAGGCUCCUUCCUCCCAAGGUAUCACCUUCUAAGGGCCCAGAUCUGAUUUUACCUUGGACCCCUUCACGCUAUCCCUGGGAACCCAAGUGGGGACUGCUCAGUACCUUUGGAUGACACCUGUGGACCUGAAGAUGUUUUCAACCCAGGGUUGUCCUUUGUAAAAAUGUUUCUCCAUCCUCAAUGUAACAGGAGUGUGUGAAUAAACACAGACCUCCGUGUGUGUGA